CAGCCCAACCCAAGCCGGCCCACUAUAUAUAUACACUGUCUCAUAAAACCCUAAUCCUAACGAUACUCUUCUGAACUCAGGCAAAGGCGCUUCCUUUUCUCUAAGGUAACAAGGUCGGCCGGAGUGCAUUCACUCACUCAGGUUAGCAAAAAUGUAUUCGACAAAGAAGAAGAUCCUCAAGGAUGGCAAUGCCGAGCCUACUGAGUUUGAAGAAACAGUUGCACAGAACCUGUUCGAUUUGGAGAACACUAACCAGGAACUGAAAAGCGAUUUGAAAGAUCUUUACAUCAACUCAGCUAUCCAAGUAGAUAUCUCUGGAAACCGCAAGGCUGUUGUUAUCUAUGUUCCCUACAGAUUGAGGAAAGGUUUCCGCAAAAUUCAUUUGCGUCUUGUUCGGGAGUUGGAGAAAAAGUUCAGUGGAAAGGAUGUUGUCAUUGUCGCAACCCGAAGGAUUGUGAGGCCACCAAAGAAAGGCUCUGCUGCCCAGCGUCCUCGUACCCGUACACUUACAGCUGUCCACGAUGCCAUUCUAGAGGAUGUUGUUCAUCCCGCUGAGAUUGUUGGGAAGCGGAUUAGAUACCGAGUCGAUGGCUCCAAGAUAAUCAAGGUUUACCUUGAUCCAAAGGAGCGCAACAACACCGAGUACAAGCUCGAGACAUUAUCGGGUGUUUACAGGAAGCUUACGGGUAAGGAUGUCGUCUUUGAAUAUCCAAUCACAGAGGCUUAAGGCUCUUUCAUUACUAGAAAGAUGGGUUCUGUUCUGUUUUGAUUUAUUGCUGUUACUUUAUUUUAGAAGUUCUCAGAUAGGUGUACUUUUGAAAUUUUGACUAGUGAGAUUUUUUUCAUAUUUUAAGCAAACUUGGAUGAUAUUUUGUUCCAACUCUUCCUUCUUAUCUUAAUGAAAAAAAAAUUGGAUUAGAAA